AUACACAAAAUUUCCUAUCCCUCACGUACCCCCUCAGCUCCUUCAUUUCAUGAACUCAUUUCCUUUUUAGUGUUAGCUUUAUCCCAUUAAAAAUGGAGACCAAAGAGAACAAGAACAACAACAAUAAUCUGCAAUCAUCAGUCAUACAAAACCAUGUAGUGAAACCUAGUUCCCAUUUCUUGAUCACCCAUUUUAUGUAUCUGGUGUUUGUCCCUCUCUUGGGGGCUGUUUGUGCUCAUUUUUGGAGUACUAUAAAGCCCUAUCUUGCCCCAGUUCUUGCAUGCACAUCAUUCCUGGUUUUCCUGGCCAAGUUCUACUCCAAAAACCGGCCAAGACACGUGUACUUAGUGGAUUUCGCGUGUUACAAGCCGAAACCGGAGCUGAUGUGCUCUACAGAGAGAUAUGUUGAAAGAUCAAGACAGGAAAAGGUUUUUACCGAGGAGAAUCUGUGUUUUCAGAGGAAGGUUUUGGAGAGAUCCGGGCUGGGACAGAAGACAUAUUUCCCAGAAUCUAUCCUGAGUGUUCCUGCGAAGUCUUGUCUGGAAGAGGCGAGGAGGGAGGCUGGGAUGGUGAUCUUCGGGUGCAUUGAUGAGGUGUUGGAGAAGACUGGGGUGAGAGCUGAGGAGAUUGGGAUUGUUGUGGUGAAUUCCAGCUUGGUUGGGCCGACGCCAUCUCUUUCCGCCAUGAUUGUUAACCAUUACAAGCUUGUGGGCAGUGUUAAGAGCUAUAAUCUGGGUGGCAUGGGUUGCAGUGCUGGGCUUGUGUCCAUUGAUCUUGCCAAACAUCUUUUGCAGGUGUCACCAAAUUGCUAUGCACUGGUGGUGAGCACGGAGAUCCAAACUCUCAACUGGUACUUAGGCAACGACCGCUCGAUGCUGAUGUCCAACUGCCUUUUCCGGCUGGGCGGCGCGGCGGUGCUCCUCUCCAACCACCCCUCCGACCGCCGCCGCUCCAAGUACCAAUUAAUGCGCACCGUUCGCACUCACACCGGCGCCCACGACAACAGCCACUCCUGCGUGUCUCUAAAGGAGGACGAAGAGGGUAGACUCGGCGUUGCCCUCACCAAAGACCUGAUGGCCAUGGCCGGCGAGGCCCUGAAGACGAACAUCACCACUCUUGGCCCCUUAGUCCUCCCCAUGUCCGAACAGUUGCUGUUCUUCCUCACCCUCGUCGCCAGAAAAGUGUUCAAGAUGAAAAAGGUGAAGCCCUACAUCCCGGACUUCAAGCUGGCGUUCGAGCACUUCUGCAUCCACGCCGGCGGGAAGGCGGUGCUGGAUGCCAUAGAAAAGAACUUAGAGCUCCGCGAAUGGCACAUGGAGCCUUCGAGGAUGACGCUAUACAGAUUCGGAAACACUUCCAGCAGUUCAUUAUGGUAUGAAUUGGCUUACACAGAAGCCAAAGGGAGAAUUAGAAAAGGUGAUAGAACAUGGCAGAUUGCGUUCGGGUCGGGUUUCAAAUGCAACAGUGCUGUUUGGCGUGCUUUGAAGAACAUAAAUCCAGCAAUGGAGAAGAACCCUUGGAUGGAUGAAAUCCAUGAAUUUCCAGUCCAUAACUCCUCAAAGAUAUAAACAAUAAUUAUAUAUGCUAGCUAAAGAUCGAAUAUUAGUAUAUAUUUCAAGAAUCCUAUUAUAAGUUUGGAUUUUAUACGUGAAA